UUAAAAAAAAAAAUCCUCGGAGAAAACUUCCGGCGAAAAGCCUAUGAGCGUAGCUGAACUUGAGCUGUUGUGAUGUGAACGUUCUCGUGUUGACAUCUGAUCUCUUUGUGUUUUCAGCAGUCGAGACAUGUCGAAAGUAUUAAACAUGUAGUCUUUCCAUGAAGCUUAAAUGGCAGAAGCAAGAGAAGAAACGACGAAAUGGCCGAUGCAGGGAAAAGUUAAGGAGGGGUCUUUAUCAGAUUUCUUUGAGCAUGCGCGUCAUCAGAUGUGCAAACAGUGGUCUGUUCAUGAAGAUGGGGUCCUCGCCUACAAACUGCAGGAGGAGGAAAUUGAUCAUCAUUAUGGGAUGAACCGUCAGAACCGCCGCACAGUGCGAGACGAUAUCCCAGUAGCAAAAGUUGUUCAGACAGAAGAGGAAAUAGAGCAGCAGAAAGAGCGACUUCGGAAGCUUGCUGCACUGCAAGCUCAGGCUGAAGCAGAUGAAAUUGUAGCUCGAAAAGUGAACCGUCAGCUACAGGACGAAGCAAGAAGAAGAGAAGCUGUGAGAGAACUUGAAGAUGAGGAUCUUGCUCGACUGUUGCAAGAAAAAGAAAAGAAGAAGUAUGAGCGAUAUUUGGAGAAAAAGCGAGAACGAAAGUUGAAAAAGGAGCGUGAAAAACUUGAGCAGCAACUUGCUCGGACCACAGAAGAAGCACGCCUUGUCCUGCCCGAUGCAAGUAAGAAAAAUGUGGACCAGGUGGCUGGUGACCUUGAGGCAAUGAGACUGAAUGAGUCGGCUUCCUCAGGUGGUAGUACACGGCCGGCCAAUUCUGCAACUAGGUAUCGAUGCAGAGUAACGCCAGCAGGACGAAUCGAGGAUGAUGGAGAUUUCAGUGACUUCUAUGCUGUUCCACCAGAUGGUGUACGUCCUGAGGAGUGGGAGCUGGUACAACAGCAGCAGGAUGAAGAACUGGCCAGACUGUUACAAGAACAAGAACACAAAAGAUCAAAGGCGGAAGUUGACAAGGCAAAGCUUCGAGAGAUCGAAAUGCGGGAUGAACAACUGGCUCUGAUUAUGCAGGAACAAGAAAAGCUCAAGAUGAAAAAAUACAAACAGAAACGUCAGCAGCAGAAGGAACAAAAGAGACUAGAACGACAGCUUUCAGGUCAAGAAGGAUUACCUUUGGGGGCAUCAGCAAAUAUGUUGGCACAACUUGUUGGACAGGAAGGAUUGUCUUUGGGUCCUUCAGCUGUGAUGACACAGGCUGCUGUUGGCUCAUCAUCCCCCGACCACAGUCACCAUCGCUAUCGUCGUAAUAGUUACACCAAGUCAAUCGAUAAUGGUCCUGCACAUAUAGAGGUCCCCAGUGAUUUUGCUGCAAUGGCAAGUGGAAGUCCUAAGUACAAAACAGUGAUUGAUGUCUCACAUGCUUCCUCAUCACACCGUCAGGGAAGAUCAGGGGAUUUAUCUCCAGAUGAUGCACCUGAAGUAUUGCGCUGGUUGCAGUCACAAGGUGCUGAAGUCGAGGAGGAUGUAGGCCGACAGCGGCUACAGUGUCCUCAGUCCCUGACCCCCUCCCCUCCUGUUUCUCAUCCCAGCGAUGAAGAAGAAUUUGUGAGAAGACAAGGUACACCAACCACUUACAAUAUUGCAGCUGCAAUAGAUCCAACAUACCACCGUCGACAGCAAGAGCUGGAAAACCACCAUCAAACACCUGUCAAAAGUCAAAUUCCUGUGUCAAGGUCACUUCCGAUUGCAGUUGGACCUCUGGAAUGGGAGCCAGGUGGGCAAAGCAGUUUGCGGAGACUUAGAGAUCCUACAAAUCCAUUAUCUCUAGAUUCUGGUGAGGCUACUUUCGAAGAACUCUCAAAUGGUGGAGGUUAUGGACCAGUUCAAGGCCAGAAACGAAAUCGCAAGCCAAUUCCCGCCGUAGACCAGAAAGCUGGCAAGGGAGGGAACUGCAAACAACAGUGAAACAAGUUUUGCAAGCACUAACCACCCGAGAUAUUACACAAAUUGUUGCUACCAGUGAGUGUGCUAUAGAUUGGGAUAUCGAAAGCUAAUAGAAUUCAACAGUAAUGUUCUUUUUAUAAAAACACCAGCAAAGGCUUUCAUGAUGCUGCCAUACUGGUGGAGUUUUGGGAGCAAGGGGGUCUCUAAAGAGACUAAACACCAGCUCAAUGAAAACAUAAUGUUCUGCAUAUUUUUUUAUGUUUAUGCAGUCACAAGUCACUGGCAUGACAAAGAAAAUUGUGAGGCUUACUUUUAGAGCCGAUGUAAUGGAUUUUGGUUGUGUACCCACAAAAUGAUUUCUUUGAUCUUUACCAUGAUAUUUACAUCUAACUCUUGGAAUCAACAACCAGUUAAAUAUGUCCUUAAACUGAGGAGCUGUGACUCAGCCCUUUGCUUGCAAGAAUGCCUUAAAGAGUGAGGGGAAUAUUAAAAAGAAAAAGUGUUUUUCAAUUAUCAGAGUAAAAUUCUUUUUUGGUAAAUCUUCCAAAGAUGUUGUAAAUGUCAAAUCAUUAUCACCUGUUAAAUUUGGAUGUUUUUUUGGAAUAAGAUCAGUCACAUUGAUUAAGAUCUUGAUACUGAUUUAUGUUGACACUAAAACAAAAUGUUCCAUUUGUUUUUUUGCUUUUUGGCACAAAAAAAUUUGGGGUUACAAGUAUGUUGUAGAUAUAUGCUAAAACUUAUUGUCUUAAGAUAAAAUAAGACAAGAGUUGUCUUGGCAUUAUCUUUCCUUUUUCGUUGUAUUCUUGUUCUCAUGCAUGCCAUAUUCAAAUUGUAAAUGGAAAUCUGUACAUUACAUAUGAGUUAAUAAGAAUGUUAAACAAGUGAAGAGAUUGUUACAGCUUGUACAAAUAAUAACAGUUAUCAAUAACACAAGUCAUUUGUCAAAAUCUGCCCAAACUGCAGUAUUCCAUAAUUUUUUUUUAUAAGGGACCUAACAGUUGUUUAUACAUUUCCUUCAUUAAAAGCAAGAUUUUUGGAUGUGUAUGAGCUUUGACAUAAGUCGCUGCAUGUUAUGAUUUCCUGUAUAAAAGGAUUCAAAGAAUUGGCCUAGUAGCCUCCACAUGGGCUGCUUAUUAUGUCCGUGACGUAGAAAAUUACAAUAAGUGGUUGUGACAAGUCAUGUUUACAACUUGGUACUUUAGAAUUCUCCUGGCAGCUCAGGACAUUUUCUUCUCUUUUUCUAUACUGUUAGUCUCUGAGCUAAUAUGGUCUUGCCUUCUUCAGCAAUCUGCCUGCAAGAACCACGUUUGCUUUUCUGUGCACCAUGUCCUGUAUUUAAAUUUGCACUUCUACCUCACCUGAAUGUUCCUUUUGCAAGAAUGAAGAAACAUAUUUUAUAAAGAUUAUUUUCUGUAUGCGUAAAUGAUGCAUUUUGUAUUCUUGUGGUCCUUUUCACAGACUACCCAAAUAUUACGGCCAAAUAGAUGUUUUUAAAGAUGGAAAAAGCAUAAGAUCAAAGUUGUAAUAUUACUCCAAUUGACUGAAGGAGCAUAGAGAGGAAAAAACCAGACCACCCUAGCAUUCAAACAGUUGCCUAGCACAAAGUCCAUAAGUGUACUUUGUCCAGCAAGAAAGAAGAUUCCUGAAUAUACUAAGACAGUGUCAAAGUGUAGCUUCCACCAAAAUAUUAAACACUUCCACUCUGUACGUAUCUUCAAAUAUCAAUAUACUUAUAUAAGCAUGCAUGCAUCUGGAAGCUGUCUUGUAUCCUCAUAGGGACACAUCAAUCCAUAUUUCCACUCCCAGAAGUUAGCUACUAAAUGGCUUGUCAUCCAGUGUACUAUUAACGCAAAUUUUUGUAUUGGCAUCCUGCUCAAAGAGCAGCUCAACUUCAUAAAUCUUGAAGCCAUGAUCUAUUAGGUCAGCAGUUCUCAACCUUUUACUUGUGACGCCCCCCUGACGAACAAAGGUACAUCCGCUCGCCCCCCCCCCCUUAGCUAGCAAUGUAAGCUAAUUUCACUAAUACCGGUAUAAGAAACUUUUUUAAAAUGACCACCUUCGCCCCCCAAUUUUAAUGGAUGCAUUAAUGCGCGCCCCACUGUUUGAGAACCAUGGUAUUAGGUUAUUUCAGUUAAUUAUGUUUCCUCUUUGAAAUAAUAAACAAGAAUCUGUAUGUCACAACAGCAUGCAAGGUUCAGUACAGUCAGGAAAAUAAUUUCCCAAAAGAAGAAAAAGGAAAUUCAGUAAAUUCACUGGUCUGUAGCCUAAUAGAUAAUCCUGGUGAGAUUUUGUGACCUUCAUUUACCAUCUUCCUCCUGGUCAACUGUGAGUCUGAAGUUUUCACCUGAAGUACCACACACCUUGUCUUGUUUAAUGAUUUAGCCAGAAAAGAAAUAUUUACAGGAAAUAACUCAAAAGCUGUUCCAACUGCACAUCCACACCUGUAAGAGUUGUUUAAGGCUAAACACUGUAACCUACAUUAUGUGGCCACUUUCAUCAAGAGUGAGUUCUGAAACGCCCCACAUAUACAUCUCAUUUAAGAGUGGAUUGCCUUUUUGAAAGGAAGAACAAAUGUGGCCACCAUCAGCUGCUUUUUAUUUAUGGCAUUUAGAAAACACUAUCAGCAUGUAUGUGCUGCUAAUGAACAACAGUUUAUUGGCUAUAACCCAGUGUGCCACAGAAGUAAAUCAACGAUAGCUCCAAAAAGCUUCUUAUAGUUGCGGUUGUAGGGAGAAAUGUAUUUGAAAAAAACUUUGUGGGUACAGACAGUAUGUUGCCUGUCCUCUAAUACUUUUUGUCUGACCUUUACAGCGUCUUGAUCUAUUGACACAUUAAAAAUGACAUAAGCUCUGUACAUCCUUAUGGGAUAGUUCUAUGGAACGAGGCAGAGAGGUGAGGUGGGAGUGCUGCACAUGGAUUUACAGUUUUUGCUGGAUAAUGCUAAACUCUGCAAAGCAGGGCAUGGGUGGAUUUGUGUUAUCAGACAGCAGAUAUAGUAUUACAUUCUCUUGUUGCUUUUCAUUUUUUUAUGUUCUUUGCUGAAACAAUAUGUGCCAGGUUAGCAUGAAGAGAGCCUUUGCUUCAGAAUUUGUGAGCAAAAUAUGUUUGAUAAAGCAAUACAUACAGGCAGUCAGCCUUUAAUUGUAUAAUUUAUUGUUUUUAUCUGAAAAUUUGAAAAUAAGAAUGUAAGCCAACAGUUGUGUGUGAAGGGUUGAUGUACUAAAUGCACUGUACCAGUCAAAGUUCGCAGUUUGCAUGCUGCUGUCACAAUAUGCAUAUAAAUUACUUAACCAUAAAUUAAGGUUGGGCAUGGGUCUGGCUUUGGAUGUUUGUGUAUGUAUUCCUUUUUUAUUUUAUUAAAACCCAUUUUUGAUGGGUUGUUUAACUGUCUCAUUGUAUCUUUGCAUGUUACAUGCAUGUAUAAAAUUGUUGGGAUUUUUUUUUUCCCUUGGUAGCAAUGUAAGUUCUAUGAAAAUGCUUGUUGAAGCAUGCUGGUUUUUUUUGGUCAUAAUUAUUACAGAAAUAACCCAUGUACUUUUAUAUUCCCCCCCUUCCCCUAAUGUAAUACAGUGAGCAUCAAGUAGUUCAGUAUUUAUUGGUUUGUAGAUAUGUCAUCUUUCAUGACUUGUCUUGUUAUCUCCAUGUAUAAAUACAUGGACAAUAUAUGCACACAUGCAUGGCAUUAAUUUGUUCAUUCACAAACAAAACAGAGCAAUCGGUAUUCACUGAAUAACUGCAUUUACUCCUCAAUCUUACCCUAACCUGUUCAUAUGCUAACCUGCACCACAUACAAAAAUGUGUUUUAAUAAUUAUUCCCUAAUAAUUGUUAGAUGCAGUAGAUUAGUAUAUCACUUUGAUUACACAGUAAUAAUGAAGCUUACACAAUGAAUGCAUCAUACAUUUUCCCUGCCUCUAGGGGUACAGAUUUUCUGCUUCUGGGCAUUGGAUAAUGUACAAACAUUUUUUUAGAAUGUCUCGAUGUAGAAUACAGUUCACUCAUGCAGAGCUUAGCUAAGGUAAACUUUGCUCAUCCCCAUUGCUCACCAGUUGGUCAGCCAUGCACUGAAAUUAGCUAAGAUGAACUCUGCUCACUCUCAUCACUCACCAGUUGUUCAUGCAUUCUCUCUUUCUCUUAAUUCACUUCAAGACCAUUUGGUCUUGCACACAUGCUCACAUUCAGCACAUUAUCACGAGUGCCAUUGAAGUGCCUGUGAUUUAAUUAAGUUGACGGUAGUCUGCUGUAUGCCUUUUGCCCUGGCUGGUCUACAGUUAAAGAAAAAUUGGUAACAUCAAGAAAUCAACUUUUGAAAAGGGACUAAGGUGCAAAAUUAUUUUCAAAUGACUGGGUUUAGUUUAUUACACCAUAUUAAUUCCACCAGUGUGAGUUAGCACAUUACAUUGGGCAUGACCUUUGAACAUUGCAGUUUUCAUACAAGGCCUACUUUUCAGAAGAGGUUCUCUCAUGAUAUCACCCCAUUUGCAUAUGCUUGGUUGGGCAUUUGGUGACAUCAUAAGUUCAGCCUUCUUAUGUAGUGUUUUGUUUUUAUUAGAGCUUGCUUUACAGUACCUCUUAAGGAACAUCCUUAGCCCCAGGAUCUGAAUUAAAUGACAAGUAUGACUCCCAUUUUAUUUGUCUGGGAAAUCACUUGUAAAACAUUUUUGUGCUAAAUACUAUAAACAUUUUUGUUGGAGCUUCAUGCAGCAGCAGGUGCUUUCCUACUCAUGAAAAAAAUGAUUGAAAAUUGAAACUGGUUCUUAGAAAAUUCUUUGGUGUAUGAUAUUUUCUAGGGUGCUAGAACUUUGUAUGUAAAUAACCUCAGUGACUUAGUACUACGAUUUCCACUUGUAGUAUUGGCUGCUUUCUUUAUAUUGCCCACUUUAUGUGAAGUAUGCCAACAUUGCUGGGAGUCCUGAAAGAUCAAUUCCUAUGGAAGAAGACCACAUCUGUAUGUUGGAUGAUAAUAGUUUUUGUAGGGCCAGAGGUUGAUGUCAACAUUCCAUCCACAAGAACAUUGUAAAAAGACCAGAAAAUGUGCCUUUCUUAAUGUUUGUUUGAAAACAAACGUGUCUUUAUGGUUGCCCUGUGGUAUGUGCCAUAACUGGAUAGAAGCCUGUUUUAGGCGUUUCCUUGAGAGAACUUUGUUUUUUUGAUGGUGCCAGAUCCUGUUAAGAAGUUGUCUUAUGGAGUUCUGUUAAUGUCUGCACAAAUUUUACAAAAUGUUGGAUAGGACAGCUGUUGAAAUGGGAAGAGAUUGAAUUUUCAUCAACAGCUUGAAAUAGCCUGUCACAUUUGUCCUCUCUCCCUGUAAAAGCAUUUUCUUAGGUAAAUAGUGGUACUUUACAUAUUUUGUUCUUUUUAGUUGUGAGAAUCUCAUAUUCUUGUCUUGCAUAUAUUUAGCAGAGUUCUCUUUUAUGUAUGAUCAUAUAGCAUAAUGUGUUUGCAGCAUUUGGAAAGUAAUUUAAAAUACUCAUGUUUUAGGGGAGGGGGAAAUUUUCAUGGUCAUGAAUAUAUCAGGAAGUAGAAAGGUGCUUUAGUGUGACACAUUUGUGUGUAUAAUGGUGAUAGAGAUUAAAUAUCUUUAUUCAGUUAUUUACAAAAGAGCACCAUGUGUUAAUCAGAACUUUUUUUUUGCAAGUAGCAUGUGAGUACGUGUGCAAAUUUAAGUUUGUGCAUGCAUAAUGGCAAGCAUAUAUGCUUUAAAAACAAUAUUUACAAGAUGCAGCCAUGAAGUAUAAAGACUUGAAUCUUGACUAAAUCAUUUUUUAUUACAAAAGAUGCUUAAGUAGCAUUUUUAUUUAACAGCUCAGUACAUUUGGAUGAUUUAUAUGGAACUUUACAGAUGGAAUAUUGUAAUGCACGAGUUUGAAUGACAGCUUUGAUGUGAAAGAUGUAAUGGUUUAGCAGGGUUAUCAAGCAAGCACCUCAACAAUUCACUGUACCCUACAACUUCUGUCCACUUCUCACCAACAGCCAUGUGUCUGUGACCAUUGUCAUUACUAGAACUUAAAGUGUGAACACAUCGUUAGUUUAGAGGUAGUAGGAAGAUGUGUGGAGUUCAUUGGUUUGUGCGUUUCUUAAAAGUUUUUUUUUUUCUUUCGUUAGAUUGGCUGAGACUUAAAAAAAUCACUGCCUGUGUUGAUUCACAUAUCAAUGCAUUCUACAUGACCCCUUUCUUAAAGUUUUACUGCAUUAAAUGAAUCAUACUCAACAAAAAUCAGACUAGUCUAAUUCUUGCCAUUUUGGACAUUCAUAAUAUUCUUACUCAUGGAGUAAGACUGUAGAUAAUAAAAUAAACAAGUAACACCAGGCGAGAGCUAAUCUUUGGAUUUUUUUCCCCAAGAACCUGUGCAUGUACAUUUGCUGAUGCUAAAAGCUUGUGAUUCCUUUAUGGUGAUAGAUGAGGAAAAUGAGAACUUGCAGUAGGGAAAUAUGACUUUCUGUAAAAAGUAAACUUUCAUUCUGUUGAUAAUAAGAUUGUACUCUCACAUUGUUAAUGUCCACUAGGUGCUUAGCCUUUUUUUUUUUUCAUUUGCUACUUGACACUUCCUGUGCCAUAUAUACAACAUAGAUUAUUAAAGCACUUGAAUAUUUUGUUUUUAAUUCAAAACUUUGUUCCAUACAAAACAAACAGUCAAGGCACUGGACGUGGAUCCUUUUUUUAUUUUAAACUUUGUAUUCCAUACAAAGCAAAUUACAAAGGCACAUAAUUUCAAAUUUUUAUUUGUGUUUGUUAAAAUUUAAAGAUACAAUAUUUCUGCCCUCUGUCCCUUAACCCCAAUCCUAUCUCCCUCCCCUCAAAAAAUGAAAACAAAAAUGAAAUAUUCUUAGUGCUAAAUUAAGCUUUUUUUAUUUGUUUCUAUAAUCAUAUAUGGCCAAGAUGUUUGUAAUUAUCAGGAAUAACAGGAUGGUGGUUUUGGAGGGUGGGGAGGGGUUGGGGAUUUAAGAGAAACUUUCUUCCAGUCCUCCAGUUUUUCUCCUCCCCUCCACUCCCAAGUUGAAGGCAAGAGUUUAUUUUAAAUGUUUUGCAUGGAAAAAAACUGACUUCUUUAUGGCAAACUGUUUAGAUUUUUGGUAAAAUAAAAUGCUGUGUAGGCUUCUAUGUAUGCUUUAUACAGCCUGUGUCUUCUGCCCAUUGUUUUGAAGAUCACUUUGUUACACAGGCAUAUGCAAGCCUAUGCACUGACACAAGAUAUGUAUGUAUAUAAAAUACUUUUUUUUUUGUUUUUUGCAAUGUCAUAUGGAAAUAAAUGCAACAGAAGUUU